UAUGUUUCACGGCCGAUAUCUUGUUUAUUGUUAAAUAUAGGUGAAUACUUUCGAGCACAAAACAUGGUUUAUCCAAGUUUCGCUUGGUCUACCUCUUAAAUAGAAAUAGAAAUAGUGUCACACAAUCUGAUGCGGUCUACUGCUUUUAUUGUAACACGGGGGACAACGACAUCUUGUUCAUGGUUUGGUCAACAAAUUCACCCAGGGUUUCACUGACAGCAUUGUACGUCCACCGGGUGUCCUUCAAGGCGUUCAGUACGGCUUCUUACUUGUUACAGAAAUGGGGACGAAUUCUGAAGUCUGUCAAAUGAGCCGCUGCGCUCUCGCCUCAUGCAUCAUACUUGCCUUUCUCUGCGUGGCUUCUGUCGUCGUUGCUGUCGUGUUCAUCAUCAUGGAGGAGCGACCGGUGCAGGUGCCCAAACAAGAUGACGACGUUGUGUCGGUGGGAGAACCCGUUUUCCUCUCACCUCUGGUUGAUGAAGGCAAACUCACUGAAGCGAAACAGCAGAGUCGGGUAACGCAGCUGGCUGGGUUUAACGAUGAAAUCUAUGCCGGUUUUAUAACCAUUGAUAAGAAAUACAACAGCAACCUGUAUUUCAUAUACUUCCCAGCCAGGGUAAAUGCUGAUAAUGCAACGGUAAUUCUCUGGAUGAACGGAGGGCCAGGAAACCCAAGUAUUUUCUGUAUGACCGAGUGCAGCGGACCUUUCCUCGUCAACGAAAAGCUGCAAAUGACUGCAAACAAGUUCUCGUGGACAGACAAGUAUUCUGUUAUUUACGUGGAUCAACCAGUUGGAACCGGUUUCAGUUUCACGGAUAAUGACACUGCCAUGGCCACGAAUCAAAACGACAUUGCUGACGGCAUGUACAGUUUUCUUCAUCAGUUUUUCCUAAUAUUUCCACUGAACAGAAAUGACAUUUACAUUUUAGGUCAGUCAUAUGCUGGGAAGUAUGUGCCUGCUGUGGCACGCAAGAUCCAUACACAGAAUCCGUCAGCAGGGCUCAAAAUUAACCUAAAGGGUCUGGCUAUUGCUUCCGGUUUUUGUGACCCAGAAUCAAUGAUUCAAAAGUUUGGCGAUUAUGCGUAUAUUAAUGGAUUCAUGACUGAAAAAGAACGGGACUACUUUAAUUCGCGUAUAGACGAAACAGUGCAACUAAUUCGAGAAAAAAACUUUAGUGCUGCAAUGACGGUAUUUGACGAGACUUACCUGGGAACAGGCAUAUACACCAAUCAGACGCCCUCCUACUACAACAACAAGACUCGUAUUCCACAUUACUACGAUAUACGAAAAACUUCACCGCCAAAUGACGUCUUAAAAUUUUCAAACUUCGUUAACCAGUCAUCGAUUCGUCGAGCCUUUCACGUCGGUAACCGCUCUUUCUCAGACGGAGAUUCGGUCUAUAUUAAAAUGAGUGUUGGAUUUUUGGAUACAGCCAAACCAUGGUACGAAGAACUGCUACAAAACUAUACAAUACUGUUUUAUAACGGUCAGUUUGAUCCACUCAUCAGUGUGGUCAUGACCGAAUCGUUUAUCUGGGGCCUCAACUGGACACACAGCGCCGAGUAUAAGGUGGCUGAAAACGAAUUCUGGUUCACCAACGCUGGCGAUAAGAAUCCGGCGGGUACUGUCCGCAGAGGAGGUAACCUGUACCAGGCCGUCGUUCGUGAUGCAGGACAUAUGGUUAACGGGGAUCAAAGAGAAAGGUCAUUUGUAUUGGUGCAACGCUUUAUCGAGGGACGACUGCUCUAAGAGUAACUACAAACAACAACAACGAGUUUAUGAAGCUCAUUUUAUUGUACAUAUUCACGUGGUAGCGUUUUCGAAACCACCUGUCAUAGACAAUAGACUCCAUAUAUUUAUUGUAAAUUCAAAAUAUCACAUAGCUUGAUGCUAGGUUGUUUUGUUGUUUUUCUGGGGGUUUGCGAUGGGUGUUUUUUAGGGGGGUUUCAUAUCAAAUUGUUUUUGGUUUUUUUGUAUUUCAUGAUUUACAUACUCAGUACAUUAUUAACAAUGACUACAUAAAGUGGAGAAAAUACCAAUAAAUGCUCCAUUGUAACAA